AUGGCGAGCUUUGUAGUCCGCUGGCUUGGAAGCCGAAGUGAUACUGGACAAAAGGGUUGGCGAACUGCUCAUAUCUAUCAAUACCAAGGCUUCUGGGUUGCAGCAAAACUAAUUGAAUCAAUUAUAGACAUUCAGAGAAAUUUCCAACCACUCAACACUGAUAUCUUGCUUGUCACCACCCCAAAAUCAGGUACAGUAUGGUUGAAGGCCCUUGCUUUUGCAAUUGUGAACCGCAAUCGUUACCCAUUAAUCUCUCAAAAUCCCUUGCUUAAUACCAAUCCUCAUGAUUUGGUUCCCUUCUUAGAAUAUGGGGUUUUCAUUAAUAACCAAAUUCCCUAUAUAUCGACCCUUCCAUCUCCCAGGCUUUAUGCUUCACAUAUUCCUUACACUUCCUUACCAGAGUCCAUUAAGAACACUACUGAUUGUCGAAUUGUCUAUCUCUGUCGAAACCCAAAAGACAUGUUUGUUUCACUCUUGCAUUUCAUGGGUAAGCUUAGACCUGAAAACCUAGGGCCACUCUUACUAGAACAAGCUUUUGAGUCAUUCUGCAUGGGAGCCUAUGAAUUUGGACCUUAUUGGGAUCAUAUGUUAGGGUUUUGGAAGGAAAGUUUAGAAAAGCCUGAGAAGGUAUUGUUUCUGAAGUAUGAAGAACUGAAAGAGGAUACCAAUUUAAAUUUAAAGAGGAUAGCACAGUUCUUGGGGUGUCCUUUUACUGUGAAGGAAGACGAAGAUGGUGUGGUGGAUGAAAUUUUAGAGAUGAGUAGUUUUGAAAGCUUAAAGAAUUUGGAGGUGAACAAGACUGGAAAAUUAAUGGCAAGAGGAGAUAAUGCAGUCUUUUUCAGGAAAGGUAAGGUUGGAGACUGGGUGAAUCAAUUGAGUCCAGAGAUGGCAGAGCAGUUAGAUAAGUUAACUGAAGAGAAGCUUUGUGGUUCGGGUCUGUCAUUUUGA